AAAGACCCGUGCUCUUUCUUCAUGAUUGGACGGCGACGGUUUUGUCAGUUGAAUGACGUGACGCAGCUGGCUCGGCAAGGAACACAUGCAACGUCAGUUCUUCCUUGUAGGAUCCGUUAAGAAACGCAAGGAGGGCUGAGCUGUGUAAUAAUUACAGACACUCCCGAUGGAUUCUUCAUGUUGAUCCCAGGUUUUUUGAAGCUGAGUCGGCCGGUGGUGCGUUUGAGGAGACUGGCAGCUCAGCUGGGCAAAGUAGCGAUGUCCACUGCCGCGGCUAAUGGAGAGGCUCCUACUGCGGCCAUCCUCAUCAUCGGGGAUGAGAUACUCAAGGGCCACACGGUGGACACCAACAGUGCCUUCCUUACGCGAGCGUUGCGGAAGCUCGGCGUGUCCGUGCAGCGCAUAACAGUCAUCCCGGACGUCCAGGAGGUCAUCGCCAAAGAAGUGGCUCUCCUUUCUUCCCAGCACACCCACCUCAUCACUUCCGGAGGCAUCGGGCCCACCCAUGACGACGUCACCUUUGAGAGCGUUGCUAUGGCCUUCCAGGAGGAGGUCUAUCCCCACCCUGAGCUCUCACGGCUGGUGGAGGAAUUCUUCGGGGUGGUGGACAAAGGCAGCCCGGCCAUGAAGAUGGCCAUGGUGCCCAGAUCAGCCAAACUCAACUUCGGAACAGAUGCUCAGACAGGAAAACCUCUCCGCUAUCCAUUGGUGAGCGUGCGUAAUGUAUACAUCUUCCCAGGAAUCCCAUCUCUAAUGGAAAGAGCCUUUCAUGGGUUGGAGCACCUCUUUGCGAGUUCAGGAACCACGUUUCACACUCGUGAGGUGUUUGUGGCUGAGGAUGAGGCCGGGAUUGCCCCCUUGCUCACCAAAUUGCAGGCCUCCUGGGGCCACAAGGUGGCCCUCGGCUCUUACCCUGACUGGCUGAGCAACUACCACCGAGUCAGGCUGGUGCUGGACUCGGACAGCCAGGAGGAGGUGGACAAAGCUCGGGCGCAGCUGAUCGAGGAGCUGCCUAAGGGAAGCGUGGUGCCUUUAGUGAAGGACCCGGUGUCCAUCGCCACUGCUGAAGUGUACAUGUUGGCCAACAGCGGCACACCGCUGGGCGAGAAAGUUACGUCCGCGCUCAAAACAGUCGAGGCGGCGCUGGAUCAGUAUUCCACGGAGGAAGUCUGCGUCGGCUUUAACGGCGGCAAGGACUGCACAGCGCUGUUGCAUCUCUACUACGCGGCGCUGAAGAGGCGCUACCCCGACAGUAAAGACAAGGUGAAAGCUCUUUACAUUCGCAUUGUCUCCCCAUUCUCCGAAAUGGAGCGGUUCCUUCAGGAUACUAUAAAAAGAUACGACCUGGAUCUGUUUUCUGUGGAGGGCAGUAUUCGGCAGGCGCUUAGCGAGGUGCAGGAAAGGAGGCCCGAGCUGAAAGCCGUCUUGAUGGGAACCAGGAGGAGUGACCCUUACUCUCACACGCUAACCCCCAUGUGUCCCACUGACCCUGACUGGCCGUCCUAUAUGAGAGUCAACCCUUUACUGGACUGGACUUAUCACGACAUUUGGUCCUUUUUGAGGACGUUAUACGUUCCCUACUGCAUUCUUUAUGAUAAAGGGUACACGUCACUGGGCAGCAUGGACAACACGUGUCGAAACGCGGCACUGCAGGUGGUCGAUGGCAGAGGGGUAAAGCGCUACCAGCCAGCCUACCGAUUAGAAAAUGAAGAAGAGGAGCGGAACUCUCGUGUGUGACACUUUCUCGCAUGGACGUAUUUUAUUUUUUAUUUUUUACCCCAUUCAGUAGAUGAAAUAUCCGGAAAAGAAGACUGUGUUUGCGUAAUUACGAUUGUUUUUGUGUUACUGAUCCAUAAGCUUUUUCGCUGCUGAAUAAAGCAUCAAUCAAGUCCUCUUU